UUCCCUUCGGUAAAUAAUAUUUACAUUUAAAGCCAUUUACAACAUGGCUGCGCCCUGAGCGCGACUUUUGUCAGUUCCCCGGUCCAAUUCUGCACACAUUCUGUAGAUUACCAGCUGCCAGAAUGUUUCGUCCUCCAGUUGCGUUCCGUUCCCCAGGUCGUCAGGGCUAUGCUGUCCAGUUCUCACCAUACCUACCGCAGAGAUUAGCCGUUGCUGCAUCUCAACAUUUUGGUAUUGCAGGUAAAGGCAGUUUAUUUGUCAUUGAUGUCUUGCCAGCAGGAGCAGUGCUUUUAAACAGUUAUGAAUGGACGGAGGGGCUGUUUGAUUUAGCUUGGUCAGAGUGUAAUAAGAACAUCAUAGUGUGUGGCAGCGGUGAUGGCUCAGUGCAGAUAUGGGAUACUACACAAGCUCAGGGUCCAGUUAAAGCAUUCAAGGAACACACCAAAGAGGUCUACAGUGUACAAUGGAGCCAGACGAGAGACCAGAAUCUUGUAGUGACUGCAUCAUGGGAUAAAACAGCCAAACUGUGGGAUCCCAAUCACCACCAAUCUCUGGCAACGUUUGCUGGUCAUCAACACAUUGUCUAUAGUGCUAUGUGGUCUCCGCAUGUCCCAGGAUGCUUUGCAACAGCAUCAGGAGACCACACCUUACGUUUAUGGGAUAUGAAAAGCCCUCAAGCAGCUCGGAUGGUCAUCCCUGCUACAAACUGUGAGAUUAUCACAUGUGAUUGGUGCAAGUAUGAUAAGAACUUACUACUAGCUGGGUCAGUGGAUGGUAAGAUACGAGGAUUUGAUCUGAGAAACCCCAAAGCACCAGUAUUUCAGCUUGGAGGGCACAGCCAUGCAAUCAGGAGAAUAAAGUGUUCACCACACAAGAAGACAGUACUUGCUUCUUGCUCCUAUGACUUCACCGUCAGGACAUGGGACUUUGCUCAACAGACCACACCCUUGGAGACUAUUGAGCAUCAUACAGAGUUUGUGUGUGGAUUGGACUUCAACUUACACAUCCCUGGACAGCUGGCUGACUGUGGCUGGGAUGACAGGACUGUUGUAUUCACUCCCAAAUCACUGCUAGAAAACCCUACACCUGCACCUCCUUAAUUAGCAUGGAGGAAACUAAUUCAUCAAUGUGUUCAUUGAAGUUGCAAUCUAGUCCAUCACAGUCAAUCACAAGUCAUUUCACAAGUCAGUUCGUCACAAGAAACAGGGUAUUAACACCGACAAAUGAAUGCUUUUGUCAAGUUCAUUUGAAAGCAUGUGACUAGUCUAGGGGCUAGACGUUGUUAUGGUUUGAUACACGAUAUCCCGCCGCAGCGAUAACCCGCCGCCGCGAGAGGGCGUUAUCACGACCAACCAAUAUCACCCACGAACCGUCAGUAACAACGUCUAGGCCAAUUCCUAAAAUCUCUGGGGGAAACUAGUGCGCAUGCAUGACUUCUGUAGGCAAUAACGGUCCAUUUUCAGUCCCACAUACUAAAAGAGCUGACCAGUGAAGUUGCACAAAUGUCUUUCUGCAUCUUUUAUAUUACUGGAAGAAAUUUGAGAGUUUGCUUUGGAACAACUAUGAAUUUGUUUGAAUGUGCGCUGCAUAUAUUAGGCCAAACAGGUGCGCGCAUUACACAACCAGUACGAAUUGGCCUAGACAUUGUUACUGACGGUUCGUGGAUGAUAUUGGUUGGUCGUGAUAACGCCCUCUCGCGGCGGGGGGUUAUUGCGGUGGCGGUAACGUUCAGCCCCUAGACUAUAGCCUGUGACUUGACUUGAGACUGGAGGACUUGUGAUUGACUCAAUUAAAAGUCUGCUCCUCAACUUCAGCAAGGGUAGAAACCUUCACUGCUGGCCAAGUAAAGUUAUCAGAGUGUAAAUUUGGUCAAGUAGGGACAUGCGGAAGCAAAUACUGUAUACUUAAAGUGCAAUUGUUUUGCAGUUAAUAAAAAACAAAAGAAAAACAAAAAAAAACCCUAUUAGAUGGCUGACACCCAAAGAGUCUAUUGUGAUUGGUGUAGAGUUUCACCAUAUCAACAUCUCCAAGGACAGACAGUAAAGAAAUGUCUCAAAAGUGGAAAUGCUUGGAACGUUCCACUGGGGAACAUUCCCUGUUCCAAUUGGGAACAUGGUUGUACCCACUGGGAACAGCCCGGGAACGCCAGGCGAUCCCGCGUGGGAACGUUGGUCUAUGCGCGUGCAUGCUUGCUCUGGAACGGCUCGUUCCUGUUGGGAACAUGCUGGGAACACAGCACGUUCUCAAUGGGAACGCAGAGUGUUUGUAAAGGAAUGUAAUGGGAAUGCUCUGAAUUUUCAGACGUUCCUUUAUUGCCGUAUUGAAUUGGAGGUUGUGAGAAUCACUCAUCACAAUGUUGAGCUUUAUAGUCAGAGUCAAGAGAUUGGUUUGUCAAUGUUGGGACUAGUUUUAAUUCCUUUCAUAUUACAAAGUGUAGGUGGAUAUCAGUACCAUAUACCACCACAGGCAGAGUCUCAAAUCAUGUUCAUAGACAGGGAAGAGUACAAUAAGCUAAUACAAGUACAUUUUCUAUCAUGAAUUUAUUGUGUUCUGGAACAGUGGACUAAAUUUUGAAAUUUUGCCAAGGAGUUGGGAUAUCAUUCCUGAGAGGGAUUGCCCACAGAACAAAUGGAGCUACAAACACUGUUACAUAAUUAAUAUACAGUUAUUUAAAAUGCUUACGUGCGUACAUGCAUGAUAACUUGCUUAUUUCCUUCAAAUUAUGUAAAUAUGCCGUCCUUAAUUUAUAUUGACUUUUAGAGAGUUCAUCUUAUCUUACUCUAAUUCAAGGAAUCGUUGUGUGUCUCUAUUUUGAUUAUCUUAAGAACCGGGCACUGUAUGAAGUUGACAAUCAGCUAUGUAUUGCUCAGGACCCAAGAAUGUGCAGUGUCAAGUUUGAGGUUGUUUGGAAGAGUGGUUCUCAAAAAAGCUGCAAUAAAGAAGCAUUUUCGGAGGCCUACACCAUACAAAUGUGGAUACAGACUGCGCCACACAUUGCUGCACAUUUUCUACGGGCACUGCACUCUAUAUUGCCACGUUUGCGGGUCUACUGGAGGCCAAGCAAUUUGCCCCUUCCAAACAGCCACGUUUUGAAUGGGCACUGCACUAGGUAAAUUCAAUCAUACAAAAAUGUUCCAAGCAUUUCUUUAUUAAACAGUUUGUAUGGGCAUUAAAUUUUAGGAAUAUUUUAAUUGGCUUUAAUUUUAUUAUUUUAUUAUUAAAAAAAAAGUACUUACCCGUCUAUGUGCAACCCCAUCAUAACAGGUAUUAUUCUUGUCAAAAUUUAAUUUUUGCCGAUUUGCCACUUUAUUAUGUGAUGUGUCAUGCACUUAAUAUUUGUUUUUAUAAAAGUGAUUGUUUUAAAUUUAAAGAGGUUUAUCAAGUUUUCCCAAAGUGCAAAUCAUGAUUUAAUAAAAGUUGAGCAAAGCAUAAAAAUCAUA